AUGGCUUUUGAGGCUGUUGCUGAAGAGGUCAUAGACCUUACUGCUCCACCUGAGCGUCCAGGACAUGACUUGAAGGACUUUGAAGCUCGCGACCUACGCCGCCCGCAUAGGAAAGUUGCAGCAGAUCAGAUCUCCAAGGGCGUUUUGUCAAUAGACUUGGCAGGGCCGUAUGCUGCAGCUUACGAUGGAUCGAAGUAUGCAUUGGUGGCUGUUUUCAGGGUUGAUGAGAACUUGCAGUUGCACUUCAUGCGACCGAUGAAGCGAAAACUGUGGGCGGAAAUGUUUGAAUCCUUGCAGAAUAUCCUGGCUCAG